AUCUUUUUUUUAACGAUGGCGCGUUAUUUUACAACACUGGAGUGGGACUGUUUACAAAGAAACUGCUCCGAGGACCGCCAGGUACAUCACCGUCGGCGGCCGUCACAGUCGCUCGGUCUGUACCGGCCCAUCGUCGGCGCUCACCGUGGCACAGCGAUGGGUGACAACCCCGUGAUGGCGAACGGCGGUGCUUCUGUCGGGUCCGUCCUACCCAAGAGUAAAGAAGCGGCGUUACUGGCCCUGCUGGACCGCACGGGUUUUCCCAUGGUGCAAGAGAACGGACAGCGGAGGUACGGACCUCCCCCGGACUGGAAGGGUGACCCGCCGCCGAAAGGCUCGGAAGUGUUCAUUGGGAGGCUCCCCAGGGAUAUGUUCGAAGACGAGUUGAUUCCUCUCCUGGAACGCAUCGGACCUGUGUACGAGCUGCGGCUCAUGAUGGACUUUGGGGGUUCGAAUCGAGGCUACGCCUUCGCCAUGUACACGAAUCCGUCGGACGCACGACGGGCCAUUGAGGAACUGGACGACCUCGAGGUGAGACGAGGGGGACGGCGACUCGGAGUAUGCCGCUCCAUCGAUAACUGCAGGCUGUUCGUGGGCGGCAUUCCGCGCUGCAAGACGCGAGAGGAUGUCCUCAACGAGAUGAGGCGAGUCACCGAAGGCGUGGUAGGAGUCAUCCUUUACGCGAGCGUCGCCGACAAGACGAAAAACCGGGGUUUCGCCUUCGUCGAGUACACCGACCACAAGGCUGCUGCCAUGGCCCGCAGGAAACUCAUCCCUGGGAAGGUCAAGCUCUGGGGAGUCCAGGAAAUCGCCGUCGACUGGGCGGAGCCAGAGCCACAGGUAGACGAAGAGACCAUGGGAAAGGUGACCAUACUGUAUGUUCGGAACCUGAUGAUGAGCACUACCGAGGACCAGCUCCGGGAUGCCUUCUCCGUAGAUGGGAACCUCAAAGUGGUCAAAGUAAAGAAACUACGAGACUUUGCCUUCGUGCACUACCAAAAUCGCGAGGACGCUGAGAUUGCCUUACAACGAAUGAACAAAUGCCAGCUGGACGGGGCAACAGUUGAAGUGUCUUGGGCGAAGCCCGCCAACCGUGACACACGUCGUAGCCGCAACAACAGCAAAUCUGACACAGAAAAUCUCAUGUUUCCCGUUCCUCCCAUGGUGUUUCCUCCGCCAUCCCUGGGGUGCGAUCUCCUCACAAUCCCGACUUCCCCGUCCAUCACAAGGCUGCCACAGCCCAUUGGGGUAGGAAGGGCACCGGCAGCAUCACGCACAGCUAUCAGGGGGCGUGGCAGGGGUGCUGCAGGGAUGAGAGGGGUGCGGCCGGGAACAACAAGGUCGUCACCUGUCUACCAGAGGGCUCUGCAGCCUUACCUGGUGGACCUACGGCCUGGAAUGCAGCUGACACCGACUCCCCAGCACAUUCUUUUUAAACCAUCCAUUCACCCAGUAGAGGCUCUUACAGAUCUGUGCCACAGGCAAUCCUGGGGUGAACCCCAGUUUCAGCUUCACUCAGCAACAGCCCCAAAUAGUGUAGUCUCGGUGGAUGGCGAGAAUGUUCCUCAGCAGCUGUUCCUCUACAAGGUUGCAGUGCCCGGUCUUCCUGCACCUUACAACCACUUCACACCCAAUAAGCUGUGCCCAAACCCGGAAGAAGCGAAGGAAUACGCCGCAGAAUUCGUCCUCGGUCAGCUCGGUGUCAGGCUAAAUGUAGGUGCGGAGUACACAGUGCCAACUGUGAUGCUUCCAGGAGUCCCACCGAUGGCCCCCUCACCUUUGUAUUCUCCGUAUACGGCUUUGCUCCAUCCAGCCUAUGCCCAAGGAUACUUUGAGGCAGCUUUCUAGUCACCCAAGCAAGGGUCGUGGCCGGAACUCAGCCAACCGCUGAAGGAACUUCUGGUGUUUGAGUGGCGUCGUGCAUAUUUAUAUCCACAUGUGUUUGUUUUGUGCCUUUCUUUUUUAUUUAACAUUUCCUAUAUUCGUGCGACUCUUAUAUAAUUUUCAUGUUUCUCAUCUCUCCGAAGCCAGGGCAGAGACAAAAAAACAAAAUCAUGUGUGUUGUUUUAAACUGGACAGAUAGAAAAAUAAUCUACUUUUAUCUGCUGUGCUCUGACCACACGCAUUGGGUCACGAGCUCUUUGCUCUUGCUUUUCUGCCAAGCAUUUUAAACACAGGGAUUUUACGGACUGUACUGGCUGGUUUUAUGUGCAAUGCAGAGGUGAACGUCUGCUGUCAAUGGCUGCUAUUGGAUGAUGUUAAGCAGCAUGUAAUUAGGCCCUUGUGUCUUCAAGUAUUAUGUUUUUUUUCUUGAAAAUGGGAGCAAAAAUCUACCCAUGAAACAGGGUAAAAUCAGUAUCGGGUGGAGAAGCACAUUUUUGGGUGGUACGUAAUACUAAUAAGAAAAAGUGCUUCUAGCAAACUGUGAAGACAGUGUUUACUUCGGCUUGACACAACAGCUUAAAAACAACAAAACGUAGACAUUUCACCACCCAUACAGGCGGCAUCCUCAGUACACGAUGUGUCA